CUUCACUUGUACUGUGGAAAACCAGCUAGUAGGUACUCCAAUAAAAGAUUCAAAGCUAUAAUAAAAUAUAUUUAUUCAAUUUUCAAAAGAACAAAAUGGAGACACCCGAAUUAUUAACCACCUAUAAUGAACCGAAUGAUGAAAAAAUACCAGAAGAAGAAAAAGUAUCACGGGAUGAUGUAAAUCUUACGGAGGAAUUUAAAGAUGCAUCAAUAAGUUGCACUGGGUUCGAAAAGGACGAAUGGUACAAAUACUCCACUAUUGUCAACAUUUUAUUGGUUACCUUGUUAUUUGUCACCUUCAGUUUAGUAGUGGCGAUGACAGUUUAUUUGUUACGCAUUCUAUUCCUUGUUAUAAUAAGACAUUUAUAUACUACUCAAAUUUUGAGAAAAGAAUUGUAAUAAUGGAAAAAAAAAAUUUAAUCACUACAACAUGACGCAUUGUUGCAUUUUGUAUACUUUUAAUAUUACUAGUCGAUAUAGAUUAUUAAACUUAUUUACACAUAUGAUAUUAUUACAUAUUAAUAUUUAAACUCGCAUUAUCUAAUCAUUGUUUUAUGGGAUCACAUUUUUUUUUUAUAUAACACGGUCGAUAAUUGGUAUAAUGUAUUUAUUUUUUUGUUAUUUUUGUACAAAGGUGAAACAUUUUUUACAGUUAUCGACUAAUUCAUUUUUAUACUGGUUAUUUUAGUUUGUAUGUGACCAUUGU